AUGUGUAUUGACUAUCGGGAACUAAACAAGCUGACGAUUAAGAACAAGUACCCGUUGCCUAGGAUCGAUGACCUGUUCGAUCAGCUUCAGGGAAAGACAGUGUUUUCAAAAAUUGAUUUACGAUCUGGUUAUCAUCAAUUGAGGAUUCGAGAGGAGGACAUACCAAAGACUGCUUUUAGAACCAGAUAUAGGCACUAUGAGUUUCUGGUAAUGUCAUUCGGAUUGACUAAUGCUCCUGCGGCCUUUAUGGAUCUUAUCAAUAGGGUAUUCAAGGAUUUCCUCGAUAACUGCGUUAUAGUGUUUAUCGAUGACAUUCUUAUAUACUCUCAGUCAGAAGAGGAGCACGAGCAUCAUCUUCGAAUGGUAUUGCAGCGACUUAGGGAUCACAAGUUGUAUGCAAAGUUCAAAAAGUGCGAAUUCGAUAUCCAAGGGCGGCCUGUUGGUUUAAGAAUAUGGACUCAGGAGGUUGAGGUGAGAAAGGCCCUUAAUGUGGCUUUAAGACGGAAAGCCUUGUAUUGGCAGCAGAGAUCCCGGGUUUCUUGGAUUAAAGAUGGGGAAAAAUGCUCUAGAUUCUUUUUCUUAUCGGCCACAAUCCAUAAUAGGCGUAAUUCUGUGGAGAGUAUCUAUGGGGUGUGGAUUACAAAUAAAAUGGAAAUUGGUAGAGAAUUCACGGGGUUCUUGAGGGACAUCUUUUCUAAUCCGACCCAAGGCCCGUUGGAAAACUUAGACCAUCUGAUCACUGAUCACCUGUCCCCCAUUGAGCAAGCAGAUAUGGAAAGCAUUUCUAGUUUCGAGGAAAUCAGAAGGACGCUCUUCUCUAUAUGUAUCUUGAAAACCCUUGGGUCGGAUGGUAUGUCUGUGCUUUUCUUUAAACAUGUUACGGAUGACUUCUAUGAGGCAGUUGUGGACUUUUGUCAGUCCAGGUUUAUGUAUAGAGGAUUCAAUGCGACGAAUGUGACUCUUAUUCCGAAGGUUCCCAACCCGAAAAAAGUCUCCCAGUUCAGACCUAGUUCACUAUGCAAUGUUGUCUACAAGGAUAGCAAUGUCUUAAUCCAAGAGAUUAUCCACUCCUUUAAACGCAGGAAAGGGAAAGAAGGUUUGUUUGUUAUCAAAAUUUACCUGGUUAAAGCAUAUGAUAAACUAAGCUGGCAAUUCAUUGAUCGUGUGCUUUGUAGCUUUAAGGCCCCUACCAGGUUUUGUAACUGGGUUUGGCAGUGCAUCUCUACAACUUCCUUCAACCUUUUUCUCAAUGGUUGCAAGAUGAGCAAUUUUGAUCCCGCGUGUGGUAUCCAGCAAGGGGACCCUCGUUCCCCUACCUUUUUAUCUGGACAGCUGACAUACUCUCUCGCGGGACGUGCUACUUUAAUCACAUCUGUGGGGCUUGCGCUGUCAGUUUAUACUAUGCAGACCACGAAGCUUUCCAAAAAAUGUUCCUUAAAGAUUGAUGGUAUGGUCAGAGACUUCUGGUGGGGUUGCAAGCAAGGAAAAUGGGGUAUCUGCUUAAAAGCCUGGGAUCACUUGUGUCUUCCCAAAUCUCGGGGAGGUCUUGGGUUUUGCAAGACAGGGGAAAUGAAUAAAGCUUUAUUGGCCAAGUGGGGUUGGGCUCUUCUAAAUGAGGACCAAUCGUUAUGCUGUCAAGUUCUAAGUGCCAAGUAUCUUAGAGGGAAAAUCUUUUUUGAGUGCUCAUUCAAGAGCUCUUAUUCGUGGUUCUGGAAGAACGUUGUUCGUACUAAAGAUAUCCUCAAAAAGGGGGCAGGCAAGCUUAUUUUGAAUGGGAAAGAGAUUAAUAUCUGGGAGGACCCAUGGGUUAUUCAUAGUAGGGAUUUUGUCCCUAAACCUUUUACCCAUCCGCCGGACAGCUUGAGGUUAGUGGCAGACUUACUCUUACCGAACAGGGACUGGGACAUCUCUAAGCUCUCAAAUCUUUUUGACCAGGAAACAAUUAGUAACAUUAUCAAAGGUGGCAAGCCUAAUGGGCAAGAGGGUGAUUUAUGGGUCUGGACUAUAGAAUCGAAUGGGUUAUUUUCUACCAAGUCUGCGUACCUUAUCCAAGCCCUUGAACGUGCUCCCCUGUGUAGUGUUGCCCCUGCACUCUAA